UAAAAUUCUACCUUUAGAAUAGAUUUGGGGUUUCAAUUCUUCUGAUUGAUUUAUAAGUUUGUUUUUGCGAUUGUUGUAGACAGCCGUCCUAAUUCCUAAUUAAUAGGUAACUGUUUUUAUCGUGACUUUUACCUUAGGUUGCGUGUACUUAUGUUGAAUGUAAUUUCAAAGAAAUUCUCUCAUAAAAAGAAAAUAAAAGGCCCAGGUACCAGUUCUUGAUAACCACGCGGGCUAUGCCGAUCGAUUCCCGCCCGUUUCAGUGUUCCAGUUUAUUGUAAAUCUUACCCACCCAAACACCAGUUUAAGGGUUUCCUCUCCAACAUCUUUCAGUGUUCCACAAUAAUCAUUAGGCACCCAGCAUUGUUGAACGCACGCCAGCUGUUCGACGAAACGUCUAGCUGAACAUUGCUUCACCGGUUUUUGCUUUCUGGUACAAAUUUUGUAGUCCCCAACUAUGAUGAGGCUCUACAAUGGCUUCCUUGACAUUCUAAAGAUUCAGAAGUUUCGGAGAAUCGUGUCAUAUACUGGGUUCUACUGCUUCACAGCGGUCUUGAGCUACGCUUACACAAGCAACACAACUAGAGCUGGGUUUUCCAGAGGUGACCAAUUCUAUGCGUCUUACCCGGCUGGAACUGAGCUCUUGACGGACCAAGCUAAGUUGUAUAAAGCUGCCCUUGGUAAUUGUUUUGAAACCGAAGAAUGGGGUCCUAUCGAGUACUGCAUCAUGGCUAAACACUUUGAGCGCCAAGGGAAAGGGCCUUAUGCUUACCAUGCCCAAUACAUGGCACAUCUUCUGUCUCUUGGACAACUUGAUGGAAGUGGCUAGAAGGGUUUUCCGUUCUCCAGAAGAUGAGUAGGAGAUCUCAUACCAGUAUCUCUAUGAACUAGCAGAUGAAUAACUGAUGUACAAACUUCCUAUAAUUCAUUUUGUAUACAUUUUCCAUUGUGCUCAGUAUACCUAUUGUUGAAUGAGUGAAUUGCUAAACAAUGGGUUUUGCUGCCCUCAUAAUCUGUAGCCAUUAGCCAGUUUCCUAGUUUCAGACCAAAGGAAAUUAUGUUACUCAUAAAAUUCAAUUGUUAUGGUCUUUUAAUCCAUCA